AUGGCCGCUGGAAGUGCAAACGUUGGGACAGGCGUUCAGUCAUCAACUGGCGAUGAUCUCAAUAAAUAUUUCGCUGAAUAUGAUAUGAAAGAUAAAACACGUGUUGCUUAUAUAGUCGACUCUGAGUGUUUAUCAAACGAUGCAAUAGAUUUUGGAAGGGCAUUAAAACGUAUUGGAUUUAAAUAUGUCACUAUUUCUAACAUUUAUGAAAUGAUGUGCAAAGAUUGGAAAAAGUUUAACGAAGAUAAACGUUAUGGUAAUAUUGGUUGCUUUGUUUUUGUAAUUAUAAACUAUGAUCUUAAAAACGAUGGAUUUGACGAAGUUGCACUAAUUUCUAAUCUGACAGCCGAUAAGGGUCCAUCUUUAGCAGGAGUACCUAAAUUAAUUUUUAUUGAACCAAGUCGUGUAGAUAGAGGACGCCACAAAACUGAUGGACCUGAACCCGAACCUACGCAACGUAAAAUCCCAAUUACGGCAGAUCUGUUGGUUUUUCGUUCGUGGUGGAAUGAAUUUCUGCCAAUCAGCGGCGGACAUGGAGAUUCGCCGUUUAUGAAAACAUUAAGCAACGUUUUCAUUAAGUAUGGCACUGAAUAUGAAAUCAUGAAACUAUUAACAGCUGUCUCAAACUAUAUUGCCUCUUGUAAAUUCCAAAGUUCGGAUAAUUCGGAAAACAAUGGUUGUAAACAAAUAACUCGGAUCAUGUCGACAUUGCUCAAAAAACUAAAGUUUGAACCGAGGAACUGA